AUGGCCGCCCAAGGUUCUGAGACGAUCAACCUCGAGACACUGGACGUGCAGCAACUAAGCCAGGUCAAAAAACAGUUGGAGGAGGAGUUGGAGCACUUGACCUCAUCGUUUGCCCAGCUGCAUAGCGCUCAGGCUAAGUUCAGAGAGUGCCUACGUUGUGUUAAAGCUCGUCCUGGUUCCGAAGAGGCUGAGAGGUCGGUACUUGUUCCCCUCACAAACUCGCUUUACGUGCGCGGUGAGCUGUCCGACCCCAAGCACGUAAUUGUCGACGUUGGCACAGGGUUCUAUGUGGAGAAGGAUACCGAGUCGGCCGAACGCUUCUACGAUGCCAAGGUCCAACAGCUACAGAGCAACAUACAGGAUCUGGAAAUCAUUGUCCAGCGUAAAACAUCAAAUGUCCGAAGUGUUGAGGAUGCCAAAUAG